AAAAAUUCGGGACGAAACGACAAAGUUCAAGCAGAUAAACGAUAUGAUUUUCAUUAAUUUACAUUAGAUAACUUUUGUGUUCAACAUUCUGUCGUUUCAUGCAACGUUGCGCUUUCAAUAGCGAAAGUUUCCCUCUUAAGAAGACACGUUUCGAACGACACCAAAAAGUUAUGUGUGUCUCAAUUUGUUCACGUUCCUUGUAUUUAUUUACGGAUUAAGCGCGCCACGAAACAAUGGAUAAGCUCAAAGGAAUGAUGCCAAAAUCCGUAAAAGUCCCGAAAAAGUUGCGAAAAAUGAAAAAAUGGAACAACAAUUUGACACUCGAUACGAUCGGCAGUACAAUCGGGAACAACAUAAGUCAAUUAGUGAAUCGAUUUUAUCCACAAACGGAUUCGAAUGAAGGUAAAAAUCCUCCGGAGAACGAACCGCCAGGCGUCUCCACAAUUUCCGGUUCAUAUGUCGCAGAUUCGGUGCCUUCAACGUCGCAAAAGUCCAAUUUUGGGUUAUACGCUUUGAAGCACGAUCGGAAUAAGGAUCGAAAGGAAAGCGGAGGGGGCAAGAAAGGUUUACAGCUGCUUCAUAUCCCAAAAUUGAGAAAAGAUAAGGUUUCGAGUACCUCGAAAAAUGUCCAAAAGGAAAUUGUUCAUGAGAAAUUUCAACCUUGUAAAAGUUUGAAAGAUCCACAAAAAAGUAUCGAACGAGGUCAGAGCUCGAGUUUAGAUGAAAGUAUUGGUUCAGUGAAUGACUGUACGGAAGUUCAUUUCGAUAUCGAAAGUGAUUUGGAAACUUCCAAGAACUCUAAAAGGGUUCAAUUGAAGCCAGCUGUUCCUCCGCGAAGACGAAAGCCCUCGCAAUCGAGUGUAACGACUGUCGUCCCGAAAGAAGAGCUUUCAGUUCAAAAAUUUCCUCAAGAGAAACCCAAACCAAGUCCUCGUAAAGUUCCUCCAGCUCCUGAACCUCCAACGAAGCCUGAAGUAAAGUCUUUGGGAACUUUUGUGGCUCAAAAUCGUCCCGAACAAAAACCUCAAGGAACAAGAGCUGAACCUAAACGAACUCAUGCCCGAAACAAAAGUGUCGAUAUUUUCGUCAAAAAACCAGAAACUGAAGUUUUUCAGGAUUUCGAUAAUUUUUUUGACAAAUCAGCAGUUAGCUCGUCAUCAUCUUCUUCGAAUCAAUCGAGUUUCGACCAAAAAAUGGCUGAACUUCGUUCAAAUACUGAACGACGUUUCAGUCAAAUUAAAGUACAAAAUUUUAACGAAACAAGUAAAAUUCCUCGAUGCAAAAGCAUAAUUUCGCCAAAGCAUCAACAGAAAGCAAUUGACUCGGAAUCGUCGAGUAACGAACUAAAAAGUCCCAAAAUUGUCACAGAUCAAGCGAAAAAGAUGCCGCAAGGGAUUUUGAAACAAAAAACGCCGUCCUCGCCGAGAGAUGGCGCUGAAGAACAAAGAAUGCCGUUCUCGCCGAGAGAUGGCGCUGAAGAACAAAAAAUUCCACAGCGGAAAUUUUUCGUUUAUUACAACGACGAAGAUGAAUUAGUUUUCAAUCAAGAAUACCAAAAGCAAGUUGAAGCGUCGAAAAAUUCACAGCCCUUGUCACUUUUUAUGGGCUGUGAAAAUAACAAUCAAAUUUUGCAACAACAAAAACUGAGCUUGAGUGACUUCAACCACAAUGACGUUAUCUACAGAAACUAUUUUAAUAAUGCUGACCCGAAUGACAGUCUUCGGAGUAUGGCUUCCUCUUCAGAUGGCAUUUUUAUUUAA